ACUCGGAAGAGACUUUCUUUUUGUUUCUUCUCAUAGAUUCUCGAGAUAGAAAGCCCACGUUUCUGGAGAGAGAAACCAAAAGUAAACGAGGAGAAGAAGAAGAAGAAGCAAGUUGAGUUGAUCGGUCUCCGGCGAAAACGUAGUCGGACAGUUGGUGGUCUUAAGGCGGACAUCCUUUCGUCUCCGGGGACAAGAUUAAAUCUGAGGGAGGAAUAGAUGAAAGCUCUGAGAAGGAUUCAAACGACGUCAUCGUCUUCUAAUCCUUCAUCGCCAUUAACAUCUCCUCGUUCUCCCUCCUCAUCUUCUUGGAUCCAUUUGCGUUCUGCUCUCUUCGUCGUCGCAUCUUCCUCUCCUUCCUCCUCUUCUUCUGAUCGGGCUCGUCUCAAGUCGCCAUGGUCCCAUAAGAAAAGGAAAAGGCCACUCAGAGCUAAGCAAUGGAAGAGAUUCUUCACGUCCGAGGGUAGACUUCGUAAUGGAGGUGUUGAUUUGUUGAGGAAAGUCCGAAGAAGAGGUAUUGAGCCGAGCAUUCGGUUUGAGGUCUGGCCCUUCCUUCUUGGAGUGUAUAGUUUUAAUAGUUCCAAAGCAGAGAGAGUUACUAUAAGAACAUGGAGAAGAAAGGAGUACGAGAGGCUACGCAGGGAGUGCAAGCGGCUUCAAAAACACAAUAACGGGACUCUCAAGUUAAACAUUAUGCAAGAUGAGUAUGACUGGCCACAAGCCCAAGACACUGACAGUUUAUGUUCUGAUGAAGUUGUCAGUGCUCGCGAGUCUCUCUCUAGUGACGAAGAUCUCGGUUACAUGAGCGGAGUUUCAUGUACAGUUGAGAGAGCCAACAGCAGCUCUAGACGAAUCACCAAUGCUACUAUCUCCACUCUCAACUCCGAUUCAUCAGAUUCAGACUCUUCAGACGAGAGUGAAGUGGUUCAGGUCUUUCAGUCUUCAGCUACUCCGGAUGUGAAUCCAGCCAGCUCAUCUAUCCCUCGGACAGAAGAGGAUUUCGUGACAUGGCAGCGUAUCAUCCGUCUAGAUGCCGUGCGUGCUAACUCAGAGUGGACUCCUUGUUCUCCAUCCCAGGCGGCUAUAUCCGAGGACAGAGCCUGUCGUGCUGCUGAGGCUGUCGGAUUAAAAGACUACCACCACCUGGAACCGUACAAGAUCUUCCAAGCUGCUAGGCUCGUUGCUGUUCUUGAAGCCUAUGCUUUGUAUGACUCUGACAUUGGCUACUGUCAAGGAAUGAGCGAUCUUCUAUCUCCAAUACUCUCUGUGAUCCCUGAUGACCAUGAAGCCUUUUGGUGUUUUGUCGGGUUCAUGAAGAAAGCUCGGCACAAUUUCAGACUUGAUGAGGUCGGUAUCAGAAGACAACUCAGCAUUGUCUCGAAGAUAAUAAAGUCCAAAGACUCUCAGCUUUACCGCCACCUUGAGAAGCUCCAAGCUGAAGACUGUUUCUUUGUGUAUAGAAUGGUUGUUGUAAUGUUCAGACGAGAGCUGACGCUUGACCAGACGUUUUGUCUGUGGGAAGUGAUGUGGGCAGACCAAGCUGCGAUCAGAGCCGGGAUGGGGAAGUCAGCUUGGAGCAGGAUUAGACAGCGUGCACCUCCCACGGAUGAUUUGGUGUUAUAUGCAAUAGCGGCAUCGGUGUUGCAGAGAAGGAAGCUGAUAAUAGAGAAGUAUAACAGUAUGGAUGAGAUUCUAAGGGAGUGUCAUAGUAUGGCAGGGCAGUUAGAUGUGUGGAAGCUCUUGGAUGAUGCACAUGACCUUGUUGUUACUCUCCACACCAAGAUCGAACAUGCCUUCUCAUAAGAUUUUAUCUUAAUUCUGUGACUGGUGUUAAAUGGUGGGGGUUCUUGGUGACUCCCCUGGUUCCUUGCAGGCCGAAUUGGCUUGUGAGUAUUCUGAAUCCUUGCCUAGUGAAGUGAAGCUAGAGAUUGGAAGAGACUGGUGAAUAGAGACGUGUGUGUGUAUUUAAUUGAAAAUAAAUAUAUGUGUGUUGUGAAAACAGUGAAAAGAUUUGGGGGCCUUUUGCAAAUUCCAUAGGGGGCCUUUUGCAAAUUCCAUAGGGGGGAUUCUUUACUUGAGAAAUCAAAGCUGUUUCAUAAAAUGUGUGCAAGUAAACAAAGCUGUGGAAAAUGGAUUUUCGUGAGGAGAAUGUGUUAUUUUUG